GCCUCCUCGCCAGCCUGCUGCGCCCAGCCCGGAGAAGGCGGCGGCCCCCUCUGGAGUUCAGUCUGGCAGUGGAUUACUACUCAGAUAACCAGGCUUACAAGAGUGGUGCAAACCUACAUUGGCAGCAUGAUGGGUGAACAUGUGCCGGAAGACAAGUCCUUGGAUCUGAAUGCGCACUCUCGCUUCAUCAUUGGCUCGGUGUCAGAGGACAACUCCGAGGACGAGACAAGCUCAUUGGUGAAGAUUGACCUGCUGGAGGACAAAGAGCAGUCACUGUCACCGGCCUCAGUCAGUUCGGACUCUCUUUCUGACCUGGCUCCCUCCAGUGUCCCAGAUGGGCUGGCUAUUCAUAUGAGGCCCAGUAUGUCCGGUCUCCACCUCAUGAAGCAAGGCCGAGAUAGGAAGAAAGUUGACCUCCAGAGAGACUUCACGGUUGCGUCUCCAGCAGAGUUUGUCACGCGCUUUGGGGGGAACAAAGUUAUUGAGAAGGUUCUCAUUGCCAAUAACGGGAUCGCAGCAGUGAAAUGCAUGAGGUCCAUCCGGCGCUGGUCCUAUGAGAUGUUUCGGAAUGAACGGGCGAUCCGCUUUGUUGUCAUGGUAACUCCAGAAGACUUGAAAGCCAAUGCAGAAUACAUCAAAAUGGCAGAUCAUUAUGUUCCGGUGCCAGGAGGCCCAAACAACAACAACUAUGCAAACGUGGAACUGAUUCUGGAUAUUGCAAAACGGAUACCUGUGCAGGCAGUCUGGGCUGGUUGGGGGCAUGCCUCUGAGAACCCCAAAUUACCCGAACUCCUCCACAAAAAUGGAAUUGCCUUUAUGGGUCCCCCAAGCCAAGCGAUGUGGGCGUUGGGAGAUAAAAUUGCUUCGUCGAUAGUGGCUCAGACAGCAGGCAUCCCAACGCUUCCCUGGAGCGGCAGUGGUCUCCGGGUGGAUUGGCAGGAGAAUGACUUUCAGAAGCGCAUCCUGAAUGUCCCCCAGGAAUUGUACGAGAAGGGCUGCGUGACGGAUGUGGACCACGGACUGAGGGCAGCCGAAGAAAUUGGCUACCCAGUCAUGAUCAAAGCCUCUGAAGGGGGAGGAGGAAAAGGAAUCAGGAAAGUAAACAGUGCUGAUGACUUCCCCAACCUGUUCCGACAAGUGCAAGCAGAAGUGCCAGGAUCCCCUAUCUUCGUGAUGCGCCUUGCCAAACAGUCUCGCCACCUGGAAGUUCAGAUCCUCGCGGACCAGUAUGGCAAUGCCAUCUCCCUCUUUGGCCGUGACUGCUCGGUGCAGCGCCGGCACCAGAAGAUCAUAGAGGAAGCUCCAGCGUCGAUUGCCACUUUGGUGGUGUUUGAGCACAUGGAACAGUGUGCUGUGAAGCUUGCCAAGAUGGUGGGCUAUGUGAGUGCCGGGACGGUGGAAUACCUCUAUAGCCAGGACGGCAGCUUCUACUUCUUGGAGCUGAACCCUCGGCUACAGGUGGAGCACCCUUGCACUGAGAUGGUGGCUGAUGUCAACCUGCCUUCGGCUCAGCUCCAGAUUGCCAUGGGGAUUCCUCUCCACAGGAUCAAGGACAUCCGGGUAAUGUACGGAGUCUCUCCCUGGGGAGAUACCCCCAUUGACUUUGACAACUCCGCCCAUGUGCCUUGUCCCCGGGGUCACGUGAUUGCUGCCCGCAUCACUAGCGAGAAUCCCGAUGAGGGGUUCAAACCCAGCUCCGGAACCGUUCAAGAGUUGAAUUUCCGCAGUAACAAGAACGUCUGGGGCUACUUCAGCGUUGCUGCUGCGGGCGGACUCCACGAAUUUGCUGACUCUCAGUUUGGCCACUGCUUCUCAUGGGGAGAAAACCGGGAGGAAGCCAUCUCAAAUAUGGUAGUGGCUCUGAAGGAGCUCUCCAUCCGCGGAGACUUCCGAACCACAGUGGAGUACUUGAUUAAGCUACUGGAGACCGAGAGCUUUCAACAAAACCGCAUUGAUACUGGCUGGUUGGACCGGCUUAUUGCAGAGAAAGUGCAGGCAGAGAGACCAGAUACUAUGCUAGGAGUCGUGUGUGGGGCUCUUCAUGUUGCUGAUGUGAGCUUUCGGAAUAGCGUCUCCAACUUUCUGCACUCUCUGGAAAGGGGCCAGGUUCUUCCUGCUCAUACUCUGCUGAACACUGUGGAUGUGGAACUUAUUUAUGAAGGGAAGAAGUAUGUUCUAAAGGUGACACGGCAAUCUCCCAAUUCCUAUGUUGUCAUUAUGAACGGCUCUUGUGUGGAGGUUGAUGUUCACCGGCUGAGUGAUGGAGGGCUUCUUUUAUCGUACGAUGGUAGCAGUUACACCACCUACAUGAAGGAGGAAGUGGACAGGUACCGCAUCACUAUUGGCAACAAGACCUGUGUGUUUGAGAAGGAAAACGAUCCAUCCAUUCUGCGGUCGCCUUCAGCAGGGAAGCUCAUCCAGUAUGUCGUGGAAGAUGGAGGGCAUGUGUUUUCAGGCCAAUGCUUUGCUGAAAUUGAGGUGAUGAAGAUGGUGAUGACGCUCACUGCGGUGGAAUCGGGCUGCAUCCAUUACGUGAAGCGUCCUGGUGCAGCACUAGAUCCCGGCUGUGUGAUUGCCAAACUGCAGUUGGAUGACCCCAGCCGGGUUCAGCAGGCUGAACUCCACACCGGCGUGUUGCCACAGAUCCAAAGUACAGCUCUCCGGGGUGAGAAGCUUCACCGUGUCUUCCAUUAUGUUCUCGACAAUCUGGUGAAUGUGAUGAAUGGAUAUUGCCUGCCAGAACCUUUCUUUAGCAGCAAGUUGAAGGACUGGGUGGAAAGGCUGAUGAAGACCCUGCGAGAUCCCUCGUUGCCUCUUCUAGAGCUUCAGGACAUCAUGACCAGCGUUUCUGGGCGGAUCCCACCCAAUGUGGAGAAGUCCAUCAAGAAGGAGAUGGCCCAGUAUGCCAGCAACAUCACCUCUGUCCUCUGCCAGUUUCCCAGUCAGCAGAUUGCCAAUAUCCUGGACAGCCACGCGGCCACCCUGAACCGCAAGUCUGAGCGCGAGGUCUUUUUCAUGAACACCCAGAGUAUUGUGCAGCUGGUACAGAGGUACCGAAGUGGCAUCCGAGGGCACAUGAAAGCUGUGGUCAUGGAUUUGCUCCGGCAGUACCUAAAGGUGGAAACUCAGUUCCAACAAGGUCAUUAUGAUAAGUGUGUCUUUGCCCUUCGGGAAGAAAACAAGAGCGACAUGAAUGCUGUCCUCAACUACAUUUUUUCUCAUGCUCAAGUCACCAAAAAGAACCUUCUUGUGACUAUGCUCAUUGAUCAGCUGUGUGGCAGAGAUCCGACACUGACAGAUGAGCUGAUCAAUAUUCUGACAGAGCUAACCCAACUCAGUAAGACAACCAACGCCAAGGUGGCACUGCGAGCCCGUCAGGUGCUCAUUGCAUCCCACCUGCCUUCUUAUGAGCUUCGGCACAACCAGGUGGAGUCCAUCUUCCUUUCGGCUAUUGAUAUGUACGGACACCAGUUCUGCAUUGAGAACCUGCAGAAACUUAUUCUUUCAGAGACGUCUAUCUUUGAUGUGCUUCCAAACUUCUUUUAUCACAGUAACCAAGUGGUGAGAAUGGCAGCUCUGGAGGUGUAUGUUCGAAGGGCAUACAUUGCCUAUGAGCUGAACAGCGUCCAGCACCGCCAGCUGAAAGACAGCACCUGUGUGGUAGAGUUCCAGUUCAUGUUACCUACCUCUCACCCAAACAGAGGGAACAUACCCACGCUCAACAGAAUGUCCUUCUCUUCCAACCUCAACCAUUAUGGAAUGGUCCAUGUAGCCAGCGUGAGUGACGUUCUCUUGGACAACUCUUUCACCCCGCCAUGCCAACGGAUGGGUGGGAUGGUCUCCUUCCGGACCUUUGAAGACUUUGUGAGGCUGUUUGAUGAAGUGAUGGGAUGCUUCUGUGACUCUCCUCCUCAAAGCCCAACCUUCCCUGAAGCAGGCCACCCAUCCUUGUAUGAUGAAGAUAAGAGUGCCAGAGAGGAACCCAUUCACAUCCUGAACGUCGCCAUUAAGACUGAUUCUGACAUAGAUGACGAAGGGCUUGCAGCCAUGUUCAGGGAGUUUACGCAAAGCAAGAAAUCAGUUCUGAUUGACCACGGCAUUCGGCGGUUGACUUUCCUUGUGGCACAAAAGGAUUUCAGGAAACAGGUCUACUAUGAGGUGGAUCAAAGAUUUCAUAGGGAAUUCCCCAAAUUUUUCACAUUCCGUGCACGAGAUAAGUUUGAGGAAGACAGGAUCUACCGCCACUUGGAACCUGCGUUGGCUUUCCAGCUGGAGCUCAAUCGAAUGCGCAACUUUGACCUCACUGCCAUUCCUUGUGCCAAUCACAAGAUGCAUCUCUACUUGGGAGCAGCAAAAGUAGAGGCAGGAGCGGAGGUGACAGACUACCGGUUCUUUGUUCGGGCAAUCAUCAGGCAUUCGGACUUGGUUACGAAGGAGGCAUCUUUCGAGUACCUUCAGAACGAGGGGGAGCGCUUGCUUUUAGAAGCCAUGGAUGAACUGGAAGUAGCCUUUAACAACACAAACGUGCGCACAGACUGCAACCACAUAUUCCUCAACUUUGUCCCCACUGUUAUUAUGGACCCAUCUAAGAUUGAGGAGUCUGUGCGGAGUAUGGUGAUGCGCUAUGGCAGCCGCUUGUGGAAACUACGAGUCCUUCAGGCAGAGCUUAAGAUCAACAUUCGACUGACGCCCACAGGCAAGGCCAUUCCCAUCCGGCUCUUCCUGACCAACGAAUCUGGCUAUUACUUGGACAUAAGCUUGUACAAGGAAGUGACAGACUCCAGAACUGCCCAGAUCAUGUUCCAAGCUUAUGGUGAUAAGCAAGGGCCGCUGCAUGGAAUGUUGAUCAACACUCCAUAUGUGACAAAGGACUUACUCCAAUCCAAGAGAUUCCAGGCUCAGUCGUUGGGAACAACAUAUGUCUAUGAUAUCCCUGAAAUGUUUCGACAGUCUUUGAUUAAGCUCUGGGCUUCCAUGAGCGAGUUCGCCACCCUCCCGGCCCCUCCUCUGCCUUCUGAUAUGUUGACGUAUACGGAACUGGUGCUGGACGACCAGGGCCAACUGGUCCACAUGAACAGGCUGCCUGGAGGAAAUGAGAUUGGCAUGGUAGCAUGGCGAAUGACUCUCAAGACCCCUGAGUAUCCGGAAGGACGGGAUAUUGUAGUAAUUAGCAAUGAUAUCACAUAUCGGAUCGGAUCCUUUGGACCCCAAGAGGAUCUACUGUAUCUUAGGGCAUCGGAGCUUGCUCGGUUACAGGGCAUUCCCCGAAUCUACGUGGCUGCCAACAGUGGCGCUAGAAUCGGUUUGGCUGAGGAGAUCCGCCACAUGUUCCACGUUUCUUGGGAAGACCCCGGCGACCCUUAUAAGGGGUUCAAAUAUUUGUACCUGACUCCGCAGGAUUAUAAGAAAGUCAGUGCCUUGAACUCAGUACACUGUGAGCAUGUUGAAGAUGAAGGAGAAUCCAGGUACAAAAUUACAGAUAUUAUUGGGAAGGAAGAAGGUCUUGGAACGGAGAACCUUCGGGGAUCUGGCAUGAUUGCGGGAGAAUCGUCAUUGGCAUACGAAGAAAUUAUCACUAUCAACCUGGUGACUUGUCGGGCGAUCGGAAUUGGGGCCUACCUUGUCCGGCUGGGCCAGAGGACGAUCCAAGUGGAAAAUUCACAUAUCAUCUUGACUGGAGCUGGAGCCCUUAACAAAGUACUUGGAAGAGAAGUAUACACCUCCAACAACCAGCUGGGUGGGAUCCAGAUCAUGCACAACAAUGGGGUGACCCAUAGCACUGUUUGUGAUGACUUCGAAGGUGUCUACACGAUUCUUCUGUGGCUGUCAUACAUGCCAAAGAGUGUGUAUAGCCCGGUCCCAAUGCUCACUGUAAAGGACCCGAUAGAAAGAACCAUUGAGUUUGUCCCCACCAAGACGCCCUACGACCCUCGAUGGAUGCUCGCUGGACGCCCUCACCCAACUCAAAAGGGCCAGUGGCUAAGUGGUUUCUUCGACUACGGCUCUUUUCUGGAAAUCAUGCAACCUUGGGCUCAGACAGUUGUGGUGGGCAGAGCCAGGCUAGGUGGAAUAUCUGUUGGUGUCGUGGCUGUGGAAACCAGAACGGUAGAACUGAGCAUUCCUGCAGAUCCUGCAAACCUAGAUUCCGAAGCCAAGAUCAUCCAGCAGGCCGGCCAGGUGUGGUUCCCCGAUUCUGCCUUCAAGACGGCACAAGCGAUCAAGGACUUUAACCGGGAAGGACUCCCCCUAAUGGUCUUUGCAAACUGGAGGGGCUUCUCUGGAGGCAUGAAAGACAUGUAUGAUCAGGUGCUGAAAUUCGGAGCCUACAUUGUGGAUGGCUUACGGGAGUACAAGCAGCCUGUCCUUGUCUACAUCCCACCCCAAGCAGAACUGAGGGGGGGCUCCUGGGUGGUGAUUGAUCCUACCAUUAACCCCCGACACAUGGAGAUGUAUGCUGACCGAGAGAGCAGAGGUGGAGUUCUGGAACCCGAAGGGACUGUGGAAAUCAAAUUCCGCAAGAAAGACUUGGUGAAAACGAUGAGACGAGUAGACCCCAUCUACACACGCCUGGCAGAGCGGCUCGGCACCCCAGAGCUGAGCCCGGCUGAGCGGAAGGAACUAGAGACCAAGCUGAAGGAACGGGAAGAAUUCCUAAUUCCCAUUUACCAUCAGGUAGCCGUGCAGUUUGCUGACUUGCACGACACGCCCGGCCGGAUGCAGGAGAAGGGUGUCAUUACCGACAUUCUAGAUUGGAAGACCUCCCGCACAUUUUUCUAUUGGAGGCUCCGUCGCCUUCUUCUGGAAGACUUGGUCAAGAAGAAAAUCCACGAUGCCAACCCGGAACUAACGGAUGGCCAGAUCCAGGCUAUGCUGAGGCGCUGGUUUGUGGAAGUGGAAGGCACAGUGAAGGCGUACCUGUGGGACAACAACAAGGACCUGGUGGAGUGGCUGGAGAAGCAGCUGGCGGAGGAGGAGGGCAGCCGCUCAGUGGUGGACGGAAACAUCAAGUACAUCUCCCGGGACUAUAUACUGAAACAGAUACGGAGUUUAAUCCAAGCCAAUCCAGAGGUUGCCAUGGAUUCCAUCGUCCACAUGACUCAGCAUAUAUCAGCGACUCAGCGGGCUGAGAUUGUGCGUAUCCUCUCGACAAUGGACUCUCCUGCCUCAACGUAAGCGGGGACGCGCUGCCUGCAUGGAGAAACAGGCUCCACCGAACACUUCUUGCCUUCCUGACUUUUGCAUCCCUUUGUUUGGGGAAAUGCUGGAAAAGGACUUUUUAAUUUUCUUCAUUUUUUAAAAAAACAACACAAAUCACAGACUUGAACUGAAGAGAGAUUCCUGUCCAGUCCCAAAAGCCUUUGGGAACACGGGCUCCCAACCAAUUAACUUAUGGACGUCAUUCUGGUACCUAUUUAUUUAACAAAGUGUGACUUCAGCCGUGUGUCAACUAACUGUUGUUUGUACAGCACUCGAAAGAGAUGAUGAUGGGUCCACAGGUACCCUGAGGUCUCACAAGCCCCUCAUGUCUCCUCCUUUGAUUUAAGGGGCCCCAAGCACUCACGCUUGCCCCCCCCCCCAAUUUGUCUGUUGUGACUUUUAUUUCAUUAACCAUUCCUGCCCUCCCAACGCAGUCUGUCCAGUGUUUGCCAACAGUAUUGGUCUCCGGGGCAGAAGCCUUGGAGCGUGGCCUCCGCUUCGCCCAGUGGCUUUAGCUUCCUGCCUCCGCUGGCCAUUUGUUUUAUGUGCAGAAUGUAAAGCUGCUCCUGUCUCCUUGGUGGGGGCCAAAAACCUAAGAGCUCUCUGCCCUUGUUAUAUUUUUACCUCCUGGGGGAAAACAAAGGUUCUUUGCCAUAGAAUCGGUAGGGGAUCCUUGGUGAGGCCCCAUCCUCAUCCUCAUAGCUAGAACUGUCUACAGCGAAGGCCGUCCAAGACGGGAUAUUCCCUUCCCUCUGCUUUAAAUGUGUACAUAGGAACGUUCCAGCCUAAAAUUCUCCCUCUACUUCCAGAACAAUCAAGAGGAGCCUGCUGCGGAAAUCCCUCUCUGUGAAUCUUGUAGGAGAGGCAGUUUUCCUUUUAGAUUCUUUGCCAUAUAAACUGCUUAGGGGGGGGGAGAGGGGUGUGUGUCUGUUCCAUAAAAAAGGCAUUUCCAAAGUGUUGUGUGGAUAUUUCUUAAUGAAAUGCUUGCUCCACAGAGGUGGUAAGAAAAGCAUUGGGUGUGGCAAUGCAAAGGAGCCUGAGCUGCUGAGAGGUGUAUGGGUGGGAAGCGGUGCCUGUCCCGGCAGCCCAGCUCCUCUCUCCUUUUCCCUCUCCCCAUUUUAAAAUUAGUUUUCCAUUAAGGGCAAUAGUGUGGUGGGGUUUUAGGGAAGGGCUGUAGACGGAGGAAUCCCAGCCUGCCCCCCAAGAGGCAGCCCUGCCCGCCACCACCUCCCCGUCUCAAUGCAACUCGUUCAGAUCCCAGCACUAUGCACUCUGGUAGCCACCAGCACUUCCAGCUCCGUUUUGGAAGCAGCGCUUGACCUGCCGGGUCCUAGCCAACCCUUGGUGCUUGGGUGCUUUGCUGCACCCCUUUUCCUUCCUCCCUGCAAAGCUCCUUCCUGCUCUCAGGGGAUCUAUGCUGAAGAACCACUGGAUUUGUCUCCAGCCUGGAGUGAGAAGGGGCAAGGGGAAGAAAGAGAGCCCCUUUCCUCAGCAGAGAUGCACUUGUGGAAGAGGCAGGAGGAGGGGUUUCCUCGUCCUUUCUUACUUCGUGGCUGUCGCUCCGCAUGGGUCCAGCAAACCUGGAAACAGUCUUUUCUGGGGUUGGAAGAGGCUGCGGGACUAGAGAGAACUGUGUGGAAAUGCUGCAUUCCAUGCCCAGAGGGCGGGGGUUCUGCCUGCUGCUUUCAGACCAAGGGGGAGCUCUGGAAGAGAGGCCCUUAAACAUGGGACCUGUCCUAAUGAAGUGUACUUCCACCCUCCAAAGGCACACUGAUUUCACAGGGAGGCUGAAUAGGAGCCUUCUAUAAUUUGAUGUGUACGCUAGUUUUUAGAACCAUUUUUCCCCAUCCCUUCUUUGCCAACGAGUAUUUCCAAGCUUGGGUUGGCAUGCUUUGAGAAUCCACCCUAGACUUAUAAAGAAACGGAUGUAGCAUUGAACUUUUUACUGUCUUGCAUUGCCUCUGGGGAUGGGAGUGCAGGGGAGAAAGGGGGACCAGUGACUGUACAGGCGCCUCUCCUUUUCUUCAGCUACUGAGGCUGGUACAGAAGUUUGUGUUGAUGGGUGUAGGAAGGUAUGUGCCCAGUGUGGGCUGAGCUUGAGCCCUUGCCCUACGUCUUUGGGAGGCUCUUUGGCUUUUGUCUUUGGGCACAAACUGUGUACAGGCCAGCUAGUUGCCUAGUUCCUGCUUCCAGUUGCUGCAAGGACCCCAGGCACUUCAUUGUGCCCCUCAUUUAGUCAGUAGGAUUUAGUUAAGUCAAACACCCUCGAAAGGGUAGAACACCAAGUUCCCCGUCACUUCUGCCAGGGAAAGUUCUCAGUGCGUGCAGUUAAGGGAGUCCGAUGCAAUUAAAAGCCGCCCCUCCCAGCACACCUUUGCAAAUGCAGGUUCCAUGCUCAUCGACUGGGGCUCCUUCGUGAGUGUCCACUCAGACCCAUGCUUGGACCCAUGCUGUGCAAUGCACAUUAAAGGUCUCAGGCCCAGAGUCAGCGGUCAUGUCCUGCUCUGUAUAAAGUAAUGACUUCCCCCCUCCCCACCCCACCAGGCCCAAGAAAGGAGCCAGUUCCUGUCCUUCCAGCUUAAGCAUACAAAUCAUGCACCUAUUUAGGCCGCUGGAACAGAGUCACUGGUGGGAGCAUUCAGUGCACGCCACUACUUCUGCUGCCACUGAUUUUUCUACUGGUCAUCAGUGGCAAGAGGUGGUAGAUUUGAGCAGUUCGUCAGCCUCAAACUCCUAGUUUGGCAAAAAUGGCUUAGCUAAACUGACCCUUGAGUCAACCUUCAACCAUGGCAGCCCUUUGGGUUGUAGUUUGUUGGUGGUUGCCGAUCACAUCACCAGCUGUGUGUGUGGGGGGGGGUUGUUUGCAUUUGCCUAUUUCCUCCUUCAUCAGGUCACACCAAGUUCAUGGGUGGGGGGGGGAGAAUAUUCCUGCAAGGGGCAUAACGGAAGGAUGCUGUUCGUACUGCAUCUUUGGAAAAUGCACAGUCCGUGGAGGGCACCAGGGUAUGAGAAUUCUGUUCAGCCAACCUACAGCAGUGUGACUGGUCUAUAGUUGGAAUAACUCGCGGGGCUGAAGUGAUUUCACUUACCUCAAGUUUCUUUUAAUAAAAACAAUCAGAGAAUAUCUCAUGUUCUGUAAUGUGGCUUUUAUGUUUGCUAUGAUCAGUUGUGCCCCGCCCCUUAUGGUUUUGGUCAUGGCAAAACAAAUUUUGAAAGGUCUUAAUGCUUAUAUUCUCCUUUGACACCUAGAGGUCAAUAAAAAUCUCUCCGAAUCCA